AUGGACAAAGUUAUUUUCUUAGGAUUUGUGGUGAGUGGCAAGGGAAUUGAGGUUGAUGAGGACAAGGUAAGAGCCAUUAGAGAGUGGCCUACACCUAAGUCCGUGAGUGAUGUGAGGAGCUUCCAUGGGUUGGCUAGUUUUUAUAGGAGAUUUGUAAAGGACUUCAGUACCAUAGCCUCACCCUUGAAUGAAGUUGUAAAAAAGAAUGUGGGAUUCAAGUGGGGGGAAGAACAAGAGAAUGCAUUUAAUUCACUCAAGGAGAAAUUGUGUUCUGCACCUUUACUUGCUUUACCUGAUUUUUCUAAAACUUUUGAGAUUGAAUGUGAUGCCUCUGGAGUGGGUAUUGGAGCCGCUUUUUGA